UUCUCUCCAAGCCAAACCAUCUGUUGUUUUCCAUUUGAUCUUUGUCUUCUGACACCAUGUUUCCCCAGUCGUAACGGAACAGAUCCAUCAUCCAUCCUGCAAAUGAUGGGCACGGCUUGAAGAAAAGGUCCAAAAAGUGCGAAGCAAAGAGAAACAAACGCAAGAAGCAACAUCUUGAUGGAAGGUCUGGGACCAGACAAACAAGAAACCUGCGCACUUCUUCUUCAGCUCUUCUUUCCUCCUUCCCAACUUUUAUACGAUCAGCUGGAGAAGGGGUUCUUCCGAGAAAGAAAGCAACUUCAACACAUCCAUCACUUUAGCCAUAAAAUUUUAUUUUCGCCCCUCCGAAAAGGAGCCAUCAAUAAAAAAGCCUCACCAUAACAAUGUUUCGAUCUGUGCUACUACUCCCGUUAUUGGUCGCAUCGGCAUGUGAUGCUUUUGUCCUUCAGCCGUCCACAACCAGCAAGGCUGGUAGGACGACAAUUCUGUCUGCCUCCCAUACAGACGAUGAACUCAAUAACCUGGAGGAAGCUCGUGCCAAUUUUGAGUUUUUGAUGCAAACCAAAGGAUUGCUACGAGACGAUGCGGAUCUGCCCUUGCCCCACAACAAGGACGACUACACUCCACGUCCAUUGACUGAAAGCAGUCGCCAUCGUCGCGAGUUGGAAAUGGAACUUCUCCAAAGUCUGCAAGACAGCGACGAUGCCGUGGAAGAGCUCAUGGGAUUGUGGAUGGUAGAACGUGGCAUGGAAGCGGGAGAAGCCUUGCAGGCAAUGGAAAUGGCGUGUUCGCCGGGUCUCCUCAAAGAAGAAGCCAUUCUACGAGAGUUGCUGGAUGAAUUUGGUGUGCAUUGGGCGGAAGUGGUCAGUCGCUUGGCAUCGCUCAAGUACUUUCAAGGCAACACGCCGGAAUCCAAGCAAUGGACUGAGAUUGCCUUGGCGGUGAAACCAUGGCAUUUCGAAGUCAUUCACACAUGUGUGCUCAAUGCCCUGAGAGAACAAGACUUGGGCGCAGCAGUUCGAUGGCAACGAAAAGCACUCCCGCCCUUGAACCCCGACACGAACAACAGAGCACGCAAAGCAUGGGUCCGACAAGCCUUGAAGUAUGCCCAAGAAUCCAUGGACAAGGCUGAAGCAGCAGCCGCCGAGAAGAAGAAACCCAGGAGCUUUUUGAAAGAAAAUGAAAUCUGGCAAUAAACACAGAGCACAUCAAGUAGGCAAGGCCCCAGAGCAGGGUGGAGAGGACAAUGGAAAGGUUUUUCUUUUUCUCACAUCCAAUGAUUCGAUUCAAUCUACAAUCUGCUCGAGGCGGUCGCGUACAAAGGACGCAACAACCUGCACAACGAAUGCCCAAUCUACGCUGAGGGCUCUUCUUGUCGUGAGAGAGAAGCUCACAACAAGAGAGCCAGGAGCUGGCAGGGAAAAGAGAAACAACCUUUCAUAGACAAAUCACAACUAAUAGAGUUUCUCGUUUCAUUUG